GAUACGCAUUUAAACAUGUUCGAAUUACUCCAUGGAGAAAAGAACAAGUUGAAGGAAGAGUUACAAGAUUAUGAGUUUCGUUAUAAUGCUAGACAAUUUACAAAGCGUCAAACUAAACAACAACUCAUAUUAUGGGACAUAGAAGAAACAAUGUUAAAUGCGCAAACCUGGAAUCCCGUAGAAAUGCGUUUCGAAAUAAACUGGUACCAGUGUAAAACAGAACAGGCCCAAUUACAAAACGCUUUAAAUGAAACUGGUGUUCAACAAGUGAUUGAGCAAUAUAAGUUGGUAAUGCUGACAGAACAAGUAUCUGGCGAUAACAUCCUUGAUAUAUAUAAUACCUUAUCUGAGCAACAUAAACAUGACAUUAAUGUGCUACAAAAUCGUUUUGAUUUUGAUCAUGAUGAAAUUGAUAAUAAAAUUAAUUACACCCGUUUGCAAAUCUCCAAAUUAAAAGAACAGCAAAACAUACUUAGCGAACAAAUUGAGGAGUUUCAUGAGCAAAUUAUAAAGCGUUUGGAGAAAGCGGAAGUGAACGUCAGGAGCAAGAAUUCGAACGUUUAAGAUUGGAGGAAGAAGUUUUCUUAAACAAGCAGAACAACAAGAAAGAUCGUUAUAUUAAAAGUGAAACCAAAGCGAAAAUUAGAAUUUAAAAUCGAAACUUAUAGCCAAUAUGGUCUAUUAAUAUGGUCUGUGCAACUCUACAACAAUAUAAAAACAAAAAGAAAUACAGGCAUUUUGCUUGUGUAAAACUAUACUGAGGUUGUCAAAAGCAGCGUACAUUUCAAGGCGAAUUCACAAUAAGGUGGUGUCGAUAGCACAGCUAAUCACUUGCUUAGAUGCUCAAGCUCGAAUUCGAAUUCACUAAAGUUUGUUAUUGCGAAUACCACAACAAACUCAAAAGCUACAAAACCAAAAGGCAGACUUUGACAGCUCCAGCCAACAUAAACAAAAUUUUUGAC